UAUUGUCAAACAACAAUUAUGAACACAUUCUGUGUUAUUCUUGUAUUAAAUGUGUGCGUAAAACACGGCUUGAAUGGCGAAUCCAAUAAUACAAACAAUAGUAAAUGGCGUCAAUUGGCUGAAGACAUGUUCAAUGGACAGGCGAUUAUGAUAAGCAAAGCCAAAAGUAAUAUAAUAACUGGCGUUAAAUCGUAUGCCAUUAUAGAGCCUACAGAAAGAGAGACCAAAGCGGCUGACAAAGCCAUGAAUUAUAUUGUCUCUAUCGGUACCGACAAACUGUUGGACACGUUUGAAAAACUGGACUACUUUUGCCGUGAGCGCAAAGAAUUGAUACACGAGGCGAACACUUGGAUAAUUAGGAAAUACACGUUUAACAUACAAAUCCGAUUUGUAAUGUCUAUAAUGCUAUCGAGAAUCCAACGCCAGAAUAGUGUGUAUUGCGCUGACGAUCACUUUAAGCGAAAUUACGUUACGUUCGCACAACUUUUAACUCCCAUUAAUCCAUUGCUAACGUCUAUUCGGCACAAGUUUGUGGACAGUUUGGUCGCCGUCCAGAAUUCACACAUCGGUAUAACAAAAGUGGGCAAAGUUUGUUGUGCCUACUGGCGAUACCGAACCGAAACCGAAAACGCUGUCAACUCGACAUCUAAAGAGCUCAAAGUGUUUGUCACAGAUAUGAUGGACUCGUAUUUUGGCGGAGGAAUGGGUUGUCUGUGUUUUGUGUUUUACAAAGACUCCUACUCCUGUUCCGCAUAUAAACCGGACCCUCCGGUCCCACACUUAUACGACUCCAUGCUUAUGAAUAUAGUGGAUGCUAUGGCUAAGAUCACAAAUGUCGCUUUUAAAUAA